AUGCCCAAACCCAAGACUUCCCAAAAGCAACCCAUCAAGGCCUCCAAAUUCACACCCACCAAAAAGAAGCAAAUCUUCCAAACCUCCACCGACCCUGAAUCCGAAGACGAGGUCGAAGAAGCAGACUCCUCAGAGGAUGAAGUUCUCCCCAAAAUCACCCUCACAGAACGCAAAGGCGACCUCUUCGCCGCCCCACCCAACACUCUCCUCGUCCACGCCUGCAACUGCGUCGGCAGCUGGAACGCCGGCAUCGCCCUCGCAUUCCAAAAGAACUACCCUCAAGCCUACGCAGUCUACCAAGCUCACUGCGCGUCUCGCACUCCAAACUCCCUACUCAGCACCUGCCUUAUCAUUCCCCCUCAGUCAGGCGCCCAGUACCGUCACUGGAUUGCUUGCUUGUUCACGUCCAGAAAGUAUGGCAGGGGUAAGGAUUCCAAAGAGGCUAUCUUGGAUAGCACGGACAGCGCAUUGCAGGAUAUGCUCGAGCAGUUUGAGGAGCUGAAGAAGAAGCCCAAGGGGGUCUGGAUGUGCAAGAUCAAUUCUGGCUCGUUCAAGGUUCCUUGGAUGCAGACCAAGAAGCUGAUCGAGGCACUGACUUUCAAGGGAGGUCUGCACAUCGAGAUUGUUGAUCCAAAGUGA